AUUAAUGGAAUUCCUGAAACCAUUGAUGGAUUUUGGUCCUUUCGCUGAAUGUUCUUCACCGAUGUGGUAACCCUAGGGUUUCUCUUCUUAAUCCAUUUUUUCCUCUGAUUUCGCAGUUGAGUUUCAAAUGCUUCGGUUUCUGUUCGAUUGUAGGCUGUUCGAAUGAUUUCUGUGGCGGUUUUGUCGGUGAGCAUUGCUUUGUUUUUUGGUGCUUUUGGUUAAUGCGGCAGCGUGAAUGUUAGUAGAUUCAUUAAUUGUUCUUUGUUGGUUGACUUGACUGUAUUAGUGGAAUUCCCUAGGUAGGAUUAAUGAGUUUUGUAAUCGGCUUUUAUGACCUUAGCAAGAUUUCGUGACUGAUUGUGGUGAUUCUGAAGCUUAAUUUCUGAUUCAGAGUCCAGGAAUUGGUAGCUGAGUUCGAUAUUUUUAUCUGUACUGGUUUUGAAUUACACUCUCCGAUUUGUAUUAUAUUGUUCGGCGAUGGAGGACGGAGAGCUUGAUUUUUCGAAUCAGGAAGUGUUUUCGAGUCCAAAUAUGGAGAUUCCGAGCAGUUGUUCAAUGGAUGGUUUCUUUGAUGAACUUUUGAAGGACACUCAUACUUGUACUCACACGCAUACUUGCAAUCCACCGGGCCCUGACUACUCUCAUACUCACACAUGUUUUCAUGUCCACACUAAGAUUGUCCCAGCUCCAAGUGAAGAAGACAAGGUUGUUACUGAUGACACUGCGGAAUCGACCGAGAAGAAGUCGAAGAAACGGCCGUUGGGUAACCGUGAAGCUGUUCGUAAGUACCGGGAGAAGAAGAAGGCUAGGGCAGCUUCAUUAGAGGACGAGGUUGUUAGAUUGAGGGCUUUGAAUCAGCAUUUGGUGAAGAGGUUGCAGGGGCAGGCAGCACUUGAGGCUGAGGUUGCUAGGCUUAAGUGUUUGCUUGUGGAUAUUAGGGGCAGAAUUGAAGGGGAGAUUGGUUCUUUCCCAUAUCAGAAAGCUGUUAAUCCUAACUUGGCUAAUCCAAGCAUCCCUGGUGCUUAUUUGAUGAACCCGUGUAAUGUCCGGUGUGAGAAUGAUCAGAUUUACUGCCUCCAUCCAGGGGUCGAUGGUAGCAGAAGCAGUGAAGGUGCUGUGAUAAAUGGACAGAGUUUUGGUGCUUGUGAAUUUGAAAAUCUUCAAUGUUUGGCUAGUCAUGGCUUGACAUCGGAAGAGCUACCCGGGUGUGGACUACGGAAUGCUGUCUCGAACGAUAUUUCUUCAGAAGCAAUGAAGAAGAAAGGAGGAAAACGUAAAGAGACAUGAACCUGAUGAACUGAUCAGUCAAACAUCAACAUCUACACUCCGGCAAUGCCUGUAGGGUGGUGCGUAUACCUCAGUCACUGCAACAUCUGAUUAUCUUCUCGUUAUCGAUCUUCUCUCGACCCAUUUGAGGUACUCGAAAAUGGUAGAGCUUCUUCAUAUGUUGAGAAGUGAUAUUGAGUAGAGCUUAGCAGAGUUGUAGUGAAUGAAAGUAGGGCAGAAGAAGUGAAUGGCUCCAUUUAUAUUAGCUUUGUACACCAUUUCAUUUUGGCCUGAUCUCUAUGGAGACUAACAGAAGGCAGUGUGUCCAAUAAUAUUAGCUUUGUACUCUAUUUGAUUACAGUUCAUAAUAAACAUUCUAAACAUUUUCUUCAA